CUUCUUUUCUUGUUCUUCAACGCGGAAGUUUCAUAACAGGGGAGUUAUGUGUUGACAUAAGUUGUAUUUGAAUUUAAUCCUUAUAACAGAAGCUUGUAAUUUUAAGCUACUUGUCAACAUGGUGAACCUCGGUCUGACAAAGGUGGACGACGCGAUAGCAGCAAAACAUCCCGGGUUGCAAAGCUACGCUGCGUGUCAGUCUCACGCCUUUAUGAAGGGAACUGGAACCUUUGCACUAGGUGUCACGGGGUUUUUUGCCAUCCAGAAGGCUCUGCAGAUGAGGCUCCCCUACCCCCUACAGUGGAAUCUGCUCAUAUCAAUAAUGGCGUCAUCGUUUUGUAGUUACGCAGUAACUCGCUGGGAAACACAGAAAUGCUCAGACCUUUGGCUGCUGCUAGAGACGGGUAAAGUCCCAGACAGAUCACCGCCACCACCAACAGUAUCUCACCCAGAGGAUUCAAAAGCUGCUCAGAAGACAAAAUAUGGAGAUAACAUGGAAUAAACAGUCUUUCACCUAUGACGCCUCUUUGCCAGGAAAAAUAUGUAUAAAGACUGAAGAAAAAAAUCAUACAUUUUAUAUUUAUUUUAAGUGUUUUUCAUGUGCCUCCACAAAGUUCACUUCAUGGGAUUUUUGAAUUUCAUAACGGCAUUAAAGUGGAUUGAAAAGAACUGAAUUCGCUAAAUUGCAGGUCAGGGAUUAAUUUGGGUCUUUAGCAGAAAUCUGAUUUUAAGCUUCUUGAUCUGGUAUUAUUGUGUGGACAUGUUGGUUUGUCAUGCAACAGACUUAAACCUCCCACCAGCCACUGGUUGUUUCUGUGCGUGUAUUAUGGGAUGUAUCAAGCUGUUUGUUGGUACUCUUGUUUGCUCUGGGGAUUUAAACCAGCUAAUGAUCGGAUUUUGCUUCUAAGGACAUGAACGUUAGUAAAAGCUGAAAUCCAACAAUUGAAAACGGCUUGCUGCUGUCUCCACUAGAUAUCUAUUGACCUGCCAUCAAUCCACAAAAGCUUAAAUAAACUCAUUAUGUCUCAAAGAAA